AUGGCAACCACCAUCUCCACCAACCCAGGCAACUUCGCCAACCGCCCCACCGAAGAAGUGCGCGAGAUAGCCCACAAAGGCGGUCUCGCUGCUCACGGCGUCGUCGAAGAAGAGCCAGUCGUCAGCGGCAAUCCAGGCAACUUCGCCAAUCGCCCAACAGAAGAGGUGCAGGAGAUUGCGAGGAAGGGCGGGCUUGCUGCAGCGGAGGAGACUCCUGUUGUGGUGGAUAUUCCGGAGGUGAGGAAGACGAGGAGCAGUGUGACGACGAGGUUGGAUGAGCAGAUGGCUGAGGGGUUUAUGAUUGGUUUAGACUAG